AAUAGCGACGUUCUGCAGUUGUGUGUGUGCGCUGCUGGGCGAGUCUUCGCCGCGUCUGUCUCCGUAGCUCCCCAUUUUCAGAGAAAAGGAGAGGAGAAUUAGCUCCGGGAGGAGGGCCGCCGCCAUUAUUGGGAAGCUGGGGAAAAAAACACUUUCACACACACGCAAUCUCUUGUUAAAUUGAUAAGGACGUUACCAAUUUAUUGCAUGAAGUCAGUUUAGAAUAAACAUUGUACGGCAAUUGCAGCAACCUCGACUGGUGUCCCGUGCAUGAUCGAUCCAGCAUAAUGUUGGCACAACAAUGGACAUAAUAAUUGGUCAAAAGCAACGUGGUGAACCAAGGAGAAGACGGUGAAACAAGCUUUUAUUCUCCGAGGAGAGAAAAAAAACAGGAAGAUCAUUGUUUUUACGCGGCGAGGGCUGCGGCAAGCGCUGGCCUGACAGAUUCAGGGAGAAUGCGAUGGCUCAGAGUUACAUUAGGAAUGACUGAGAGAAGCCUCUGCCUUUGCUACACCCCUACACUGCUGUUGAUAAAACAUGAAGCACACUAGAGGAAACACCAACUAAUCUGCCACUCACAUCCAGGUGUACUCUUCUAUCGAGUCCCUGAAUAUGGCAGGAUGAGUGUCAGCAGACGAUAAUUAUGGCGAAAAAGCAGGAUGCGAAGUCACCCACAUACAACCUUAUUGUUGUGGGUUUGUCAGGGACGGAGAAAGAGAAGGGCCAGUGUGGAGUGGGCAAGUCCUGCCUGUGCAACCGCUUUGUGCGCCCCAGUGCUGAUGACUUCUAUCUGGACCACACGUCAGUGCUGAGCACCAGCGACUUUGGGGGCAGAGUGGUUAACAAUGACCACUUCCUGUUCUGGGGGGAGGUGGGGCGGGUGGUGGAGGAGGGGCCGGAGUGCAGGAUGCAUGUGGUGGAGCAGACCGAGUUCAUUGAUGACCAGACGUUCCAGCCACACCGCAGCACUGCUAUGCAGCCCUACAUCAAGAGGGCGGCCUCCACCAAGCUGGCCUCUGCAGAGAAGCUUAUGUACUUCUGCACGGACCAGCUGGGGCUGGAGCAGGACUUUGAGCAGAAGCAGAUGCCUGAGGGCAAGAUACAGGCUGACGGGUUCAUGCUCUGUAUGGAUGUCAGUAGGGGGAUGAACCGCAACUUUGACGACCAGUUGAAGUUUGUCACAAACCUUUAUGGUCAUCUGAGCAAAACAAAGAAGCCCAUUGUGCUGGUCUUAACCAAGUGUGAUGAGGGGGUUGAACGCUACAUCAAAGAUUCUCACACCUUUGCCAUCACUAAAAAGAGUCUUCCAGUAGUGGAGACAUCUGCACGCUCUAACAUCAAUGUUGACCUAGCCUUCAUUGCUUUGGUGCAACUCAUUGAUAAGAGCAGGGGCAAGCCCAAGAUCAUUCCUUACUUCGAAGCCCUCAAGCUCCAGAGUCAGCAGAUAGCCCUGGCUAAAGACCGAUACGAAUGGCUAGUCAACCGCAUAGUGAAGAACCACAACGAGACCUGGCUUAACACCAGCCGACGCAUGCACAGCUCCUCAGAGUUCAAGGAAUACGUCUUUCUAGAGGGUACAGCAAAAUGCAAGAAGCUCUUCCAGCAGCAUGUGUACCGUCUGAAACAGGAGCACAUUGAGAGACGUCGGAAAAUCUAUCUGAGCACUCUUCCUCUAGCACUUAGCUCCCUGGUGCCUGACCUGGAUGAGAUCGACCAGCUGAGCUGGUCUGGGGUUCAGAAGGUCCUGGAGUCCAAGCAGCACUUUGCCCAUUGGUUUGUGGUUUUGGAGGACUCUCCAUGGGAGGACACGUCUCACAUAGAUAACAUGGAGGAUGAGCGCAUCCCCUCAGACCUGUUGGAGACGGCCCCAGCCGAGUACAUUUUCAACGCCCACCUGGAGCACCUGAGGAAUGAGUGCAAGCGGGCCGAGAUGAGGCAGGAGUUCAAGCACAAGUUGGCCUGUUCUCCCUUUGUCACGCCUGGCAAGCCCUGGGAAGAGGCCCGCAGCUUCAUCAUGAACGAAGACUUCUACCAAUGGUUGGAGGAAUCAGAGUACCUGGACCUUUACAACCGCCACCAGAAAGAGAUAAUCGACCACGCUAAAGAGGACUUCCAGGAGCUGCUGCUGGAGUACUCUGAGCUCUUCUAUGAGCUGGAGGUGGAUGCCAAGCCCAGCAAGGAGAAGAUGGGGGCCAUCCAGGAGGUUCUAGGGGAGGAGCAGAGGUUCAAGACCCUGCAGAAGCUUCCAGCUGAGAGAGAUGCUCUGGUGUUGAAGCAUAUCCACUUUGUCUACCACCCAACCAAGGAGACCUGUCCCAGCAGCCCACAGUGUGGAGAUUUCAAGAUAGAGCAGCUCCUGGCCUCACGUUUCCCAACAUGCUACCCAUUCUUCAAUGUGAAGUCCCAUUUUGGGGAUAUUAAAGCUGACCGAAUCAACCUUGUGAUAUUGGGCAAAGACGGACUGGCCAGGGAGUUUGCCAAUGAGAUCAGGACUCUGUGUACCAAUGACGACCGGUAUGUGCUGGAUGGGAAAAUGUAUGAGCUGACCCUGCGACCCAUCGAGGGAAACGUACGACUUCCUGUAAAUUCCUUUCACACUCCCACUUUCACACCCCAUGGAUGCCUGUGUCUGUACAACUCAAAAGAGUCCCUAACUUACGUCGUAGAAAGCAUUGAAAGGUUGCGGGAGUCAACUAUAGGUAGAAGGGAUAGCCAUAUAGCUCAGCUUUUAACAUCUCUGCUCUUGGUUACUAAAAGGGGAGUAGGGACAUAUGCAGAUAUUGGGGGAGAAACUGCCUUAGGCCUAAUAAAACAGGGACAGCAGGUAGCAAGGAGACUGCAGUGUAGCUUCCUAGACCCAGCCUCUCCUGGUGUGGGCUAUGGGCACAAUGUGAAUGACAGUCAGAUCAAUCAAGUAUUGAGGGGUCUCCUGGACUCUAGGAGGAGCUCAUCUUUUAGUAGCAGCUCCCCACCUCUGCCCCCUAAACCUCCAGGCCCAAGAGACUCUCCUCACCAGCCCAGCCCAGAGGCAGACAUCCGCAUCGUCAUGUGCUUGAUGUGUGGAGACAAUUAUGACGUGGAACAGCUCCUCUCUCCCUUCCUCCUGCCUCAGCACUGCAGGCCAACAUCCAAUAGUGGGACCUCAGUCAUACUGGAGCAGACAGUGGGGCCUCACAAACAGGUGAUUGAGCUCUCCCUUCUUUCCUACCACGCCUCCUUCUCCCUGCGGAAGAGCAGAUUAGUGCAUGGCUACAUUGCUGUGUACUCAGCCCGCCGCAAGGCCUCCCUGGAGACUCUAUGUGCCUUCCUGUGUGAGAUCCAGGACAUCAUCCCUGUUCAACUGCUGGCAGUAGGGGAGAGCCAGGUGGAGCUCACAGAAAGUGAGUCUGCCAGAGAGCAGCUAGUCCAGGGAGAGGAGCUGGCCCAAGAGAUAGAAGGCAGGUUCAACAGUGUGGUGUGUGGGUCUGGAGGGGUGGUGGGCGGCCUGCACAGGAUAGAGAUGUUCCAGCACUUCCUGAUGGAGGUGGUGGAGAAACGCAACAUUGUGGAGGCAACACACAUGUAUGAUAACGUGGCUGAGGCCUGCACUAACGACACUGCCUACUCCCCUCGCUGUAGCUCACCCAGCCCUGGCAACAUGUUCCUAGACUCUGAUGUGGAUGACGUGGAGCCCUCCCCACCCUACUUCGAUGGCACACUCACCUCCCAUAGUGGGGGCUUCAACCUGCCUGACCUGGACUCCAGCGAUGUCUCUGUCAUCUCUGACAUCAGCUCCUUUGAGAACAAACUCAACAGCAAGGUCCCUCCCCAGGUGAGGCCCAAGCCCACUGUGACCUUUGACUUCCGGAAGGUGGGCCGAAACCCCUACAACACGGAUACCAUGGGCCACCGUCGCUCCCUGCCCUCUGCUGUGACAUGGGUACCAGGUGGGGACGGAGGUUACGACCCCUCAGACUAUGCAGAGCCUAUGGAUGCUGUGUCCAAGCCCCGGCCCAGCAAUGAGGAGAUCAUCUACUCUGUGCCCCAUGACAGCACGCAGGGCAAGAUAAUCACCAUCCGCAACGCCAACAGGAUGCACUCAAAUGGGAACGGCUCGGACAGUGAGGCAGACAGCAGUUCCCUGGAGCGCUGCAGGAAGUUCUCGGCGGCGGGGGUGAAGCCCCGACUGUACCGUGACCGCUCCAAACGCCUGGGUAAGUUCAGCAGCUUUCGCACUAGCUUCAUUGGCAGCGACGACGAGAUGGGGGCCCUGCCAAAGACCAAGGAGGAUGAGUUCGGAACCCUGAAAGGAGACAUCAUCAAUGAGGAGGGAGAGGACCCCAAGAAGAGGAACAUUCUGAAAAGCCUACGGCGAACUGCCAAGAAAACCAGACCAAAGCCUCGGCCCUCUAUUCCCAAGCCCCUGGAGAGCAACUACUUCGGGGUACCCCUGGUCAAUGUGGUGUUCCCAGACAGACCUAUCCCACUUUUUAUUGACAAGUGUGUCCACUUCAUUGAGACCACAGGCCUCAACACAGAGGGGCUGUACAGGGUGAGCGGGAACAAGUGUGAGAUGGAGAGCAUGCAGAGGCAGUUUGACCAGGACCAUGGGCUGGACCUAGUGGAGAAGGACUUUGCCAUCAACACGGUGGCUGGGGCUCUGAAGGCCUUCUUCUCUGAGCUGCCGGAGCCGUUGGUGCCAUGCAUUCUGCAGGUGGAGCUGCUCGAGGCCUUCAAAAUCAAUGACAGGGAACAAAGGCUCUACACCAUGAAGGAUGUGCUGAGGAAGUUCCCCAGGGAGAACUAUGACGUUUUCAGAUUUGUCAUGAGCCACUUACACAAGGUGAGCCAGCUGAGCAGACAGAACCUGAUGACCAGUGAGAAUCUGUCCAUCUGUUUCUGGCCCACUCUGAUGCGGCCAGACUUCACCACCAUGGACGCCCUGACGGCCACGCGGACCUACCAGACAAUCAUCGAGACCUUCAUCCACCAGUGUGCUUUCUUCUUCUACAACCAGCCCCUCCUGGACUCCCCCACUGGCCUGGCUGGCCUCCCUGCCUCCCCCACCACCACCCUCACCGGUGGCUCUACCUAUUCCUGCUACCGCUCCUCCCCUCCCCCCACCACCACGCAAUUCAGCCCCUGCAGCAGUCGCCCCCACCACCCCCAGUCACCCCUGCAGUCCCUCCACCAACACCCCCACUGCGCCCCCACCGAGCAAGAGACACUGUAAAAGACACUGUGAAAGACACUUACACACAAACACACACACCAACACACACACUGACACUACCUUGUUUGGUCAUUGAUAAUAACAUAGAUAAAGAGAGAGAGGAGAUGAGGAGCGCUUGACAAACAAACUUGCCACUAGUGAACAGCAUCCAGCUGACCUACCACCUGUGUGCCAGUGCAGAUCCCAAUGCUGACUCUUCCCUCCACCCCCCUAUAGCCCCUGAUAACCUGGAAUGUGACUCUAGGACUCACUUGGAGGCCCAGGGGAAAGAACAGAGUGGGUUUCAUUGUUACAGUAAGACUCUCUCUGCCAACCAACCAUUUUAACCCUAAUGAUACACUAUAAUGAAAAAGUCCAAGCCUCCAUGUCAAGUUGGAAGAUAUGAUUUGUGCCCAUAGCUAUGUUGUUAUUUGUGUAUAAUAAUUUUACAUCUGUUUCUUUCUGUUUGUUAAUGAAAGUAGCCACUGGAUGUGUGGACUGUGCUCUGAAGGUUGUCGGCAGUAAUGUGCCACACCGCUGUUUGGGGAGCCUACCUCUCUGCCUGAAGGACCCCUGCUAUGUGGUUGGGGGG